AUGGGAAAUAAAUUGUCCACAGAAGAUCAUAUAUUUCGUCUGAAGUUAAAAACCAAAGAACUUGAAAAAUUAUCAAACCGCUCUGAGCUUGAAGAGAAACGAUUUGUAAUGGAUGUCAAAAAAGCAAUACAAGCUGGCAAAAUUGAUAUGGCAAGAUUAUAUGCUGAAAAAUGUAUAAGGAAAAAAAAUGAAAAAAUUAACUAUCUAAAUUUAAGUAAUAAAUUAGAUGUCCUAGUUUCAAGAUUAGAAGGGGCACACAGAAGCGCAUCGCUUGUUAAGGAUGUCAGUGUGAUGAUUCCAUUAAUACAACAAAUAAACUCAGAAACAAAUGCAGUCAAAAUAGGAAGUGACGUGAUGAAAUUGGAAAACAUUUUCGAUGAGAUAAGUAUCACCUCAGACUUAAUAAACGACACAGUACAAACUUCGUCUGCCAUUGUAGCCCCUACAGAAGAAGUCGACGAAUUAAUAUCAAAAAUAGCAGAUGAACAUGCACUUAAAUUAGAUGGACAAUUGGGUCCUACUAAUACAAUAAAUAAACAUUUGGAGGAAAUUACCAAUAUGAGCGAAAGAAUCAAAAAUUUGAAAUAA